UUUAAACUCAUUCCCGAGCGAGUACUGGAACUGUUAGUGGAGGGAUUUUUCCCCCCCUUUUUUUUUUCUUUGCCCAUCUGGGGGAGAAGUUUGGCGGCUUGCGUUGUUGCGUGGUCCUUUUUAGCUUUUCAUCCGGCCCAUGCCAUUCAUUCAAGCGUUGGAAGAGAUGAAAAUGGAGAGAAUUCUUCCCUCUCUCUCGCAUUUUUUAUGCAUUCUUUUCUCAUUUUUUUGCUUUUGUUUUGUUUUGUUUUCGUUUAUUUUUUGAGAGAGAGAGAGCGCUUUGGUGGUGGUCGUAUCUUCUGUGAGCGAGUGAUCCUUUGGCAAAGUUUUUCUGAGAUUCUCUGCGAAUUUUCCUUUUCUUGUUUGUUUCCAUCUCCUUGGGAUCACUUCCUCCGGCAUUAUCGGUUUUUGCAAACACUCGCUUUCCCCCUUGGCCAGCCGGCAACAGUGUGCUUUAAGUUCUAACUCGCGUGUCCUUGGGUACUGUAAGAGACAAGCGCAGCGCCUCUAUCCCUGCCAAAGAAAAAGAGAGGGAAAAAAAAAAUGGAGAGAGAGAGAGAGAAGAGAACACUACUCUGCAAGCAAGCGAUCGCUCGCUGCUGACCACCCCUGGAUUGAAUUCUUUGUGGUCCUUUCAGUGACUCAUCGAGCUGUGCAACUCUGUCUGCCAUAGCCAGUGUGUGUUUUUAAAGGUUUUUUUUUUCCUCUUCCUGGCUGUGAAAGGGAGUGUUUUUUUUUUUUCCCCCUCUCCUCGUUCUUUCGUCUUCACCACGGGCAUUAUAGGUGUACGCAGCUUCUGGUCAUUUCCGGCUCCUCCGCGGCAUUAGAAUACGCAAGAGAGAUAAAAAGUAUAAGGAGGAGGUCCCCUUCUUAAUGCUUUGCGGGUUUCAGUCACGCAAUUGGAAGCUAGAGUUGCCGCCUCGUUGCUUCCUUGCUUCCUGUUCGUUUGGUUCGUUCGUCCCCCCAGGCAUUGAUCUUUCUCUUUAUCCUUUGUUUUCUUUUCUUCUUCUCUGUGCCAUUGCAUUCCUCCCGGCAUAGCUUUUGCUAACUCAACGCGUAUGUCUGUCGAUUCAGUCGGUCUGAUCUAGUUGUUAUAAGAUCCUUGCGAGUUGUUCUGCACUCAUUUUCAUCCCAGGGAAACGUGUUGGUGUUUCGAGCCGCUGCUGCCGCGGCUGCUGCUGCUGUACUCUUGCUCGUGCGUCUAUAGCUUGUGUUACGCUGUUCCAGUCCACCUUUGAGUUUUUUUCUUUCUUUUUUGAUCCUGUUUUUUUUUUCUCUUUUUUAUAACUUAAGCUUAGUGUAUAGUAUAGUAUUGCAUCUGCACAUCACUGCACUGGUGCUCUCUUUUUCCUCCAUUGCUUUUGUUCAGGGCUGUGCCUGUGCUUCUUUUCGUGUACUUGGGGAACUGCCAGAUACGCAAAAACAGCCUUCCUUUUGCUCUCUCUGCUGCUGCUGCCCAGGAGCAGCACAGGUGCAUUGUUCGCUCCAUCAGAAUCGAGCAGGAGAUAUCACACCAUGGCUCGUGCUCGUUCUUCCGGCCUUCCAAUCACUGGAUGUCAUCGUUAUCUCCUAAGCUAGCUACUGAAGGCCUACAUUCCGAGAAUUCUAUCGAUUACAACGCGUGCGUGAUACAUGGCUGCUGUACCACACGUAUCGUCUGCCGAGUCCCUAUUCCAUGAGGGCAUGGACGUCUCGCAUCCUCAAGCGCUGCCUCGAGUCGUCACCACCGCUCAGCAGCACGGCUUCUCCACGCCUAUGUCCCUUGAUUUCCACGACAAGUUUACUUUGGAGAGAUCACUUCCAAGCUACGCCUCGUCGAGCUUUCAGCUGGUCGGACAGUCUUCCUCUUCUUGGGAGCCGCAGCAGCAGAAUGCCGACACACACUUCUUCACGUCCAGCGGCAAUGCAGCAGCACAGGUGUUGAGUAUACACUCCUCGCAUCAUCUCACCGGAGGAGAACAGCAUGAAAUUCUCGUCGACUGGCAGCAAAUGGGAGAUUUUGCGUCGUCCCUUGGGAGUGGAGGCUCUGGUUUAACUCCCUCGAGCACUACUACGACUGCUACUACAGCUCAAGGAGCGGCAUUGUCCGAUGGAACCAUGGUGGAGCUAAUUGGACGGAUAGGGGGGUGUCUCUCCACCAGUGCGAGCACAAACUCUUCAAUGAGAUCGAGUCCUCAUCUCCUGGCGUCCGAGGCGAAAAGUGGAUGGAAUUCUCCAGUGGAGGCGGCAAGUCAGCAUCACGGGACUCAUGGUUUCAUUUCGUUUGGGAACGGUAACGCCGCCGCUGCUGCUACUGCUUCUCACUUAAGUCAAGCCGUCUUUGCGUUGGUUGACGAGAACAAAGAUCACAUCAGAUCUGGUGUUGCGAUCCCACUUUGCCAGGCUGAUGCAAGUAAGUUGCCAGUUGUUGAGACGAAAGUUGAGGCAUCUGUGGAUGACACGAGUGGGGCCAAGAGCGCGCAAGAAACAAGCCAGGCGUCGAUUGUCAAGGAAUCCACCGGAAGGAAGCGGAGGACAUUGUCCGAGGACAAGCUCAAAGACGGUUCUUCGUGUGUGACCAGCAGCGGUGUCAAGGAUGGAGAGCAAGUUAAAGGGAAGCGACAGAGGAAUCCAAACGCGAAGGAAGAGUCAAAACAGCAUGGUAAUGGUAAAGCCGAUCGAAGCAGCAGUGACAACUCUGGAAGCACAAGCCCCAAGUCAGUCAAGGAGAACACAAAACCACCCGAGCCUCCCAAGGACUACAUUCAUGUGAGAGCUCGAAGGGGACAAGCAACCGAUAGUCAUAGCCUCGCUGAAAGGGUUCGAAGGGAGAAAAUCAGCGAGCGUAUGAAGUUCUUGCAGGAUCUAGUACCCGGAUGUAACAAAGUUACUGGAAAAGCCGUGAUGCUUGAUGAAAUCAUUAACUACGUCCAGUCGCUCCAGCGUCAAGUUGAGUUCCUGUCAAUGAAGCUGGCAGCCGUGAACCCCCGCCUGGAGUUCAACGUCGAAAGUCUACUAGGAAAAGAGGUGCCGCAUGGACGGGCCUCUCCAACAAAUUUUGUCCUGGGGCCCCAAAGCUAUUCGCAGCAGCUGCAUCAAGCACAACACAGUGCCUUGCAACUUGCCGGUUUCGACUUGAGAACACUGACCGGUUUACAAGAAGCUGCUAUGCGAAGAGGAGCUUUCCCGUGCCUCGAUCCAUACAGUGAUCCCGCCUCACAGACAUCAAGUGUUUGGGAUGGGGAGCUACAGAACAUCGUUCACAUGAUGGGCUUUGUGGAGAAUGGUCCUUGAAGAUUAUUUCUUGCAAUUGUUUUGUUCGUACCGCUGCUAACCAGACUAGAGAAGAGAAGAUUACUCACAACACCAGCGAGGAAGGGAGGUAUUUUAUGUAUCUACUUGCGACAAUAAGCUCAGCGCUAUACAUAAGAAUUUGGACAAGCCGAGUGCUGCGACCGGGAUGGAUCAACGCGAAUUGCCUCAAAGGAGAAGAAAAGUUGAGCCAUUUCGGUGCCAGUGUACACUUGAAACUACAUAGCUUCUUUGUUGCGGCCUGGCGUCCUUGUAUUAUAUUAUAUAUAUAUGAUUAAAAUAUUAAUGUAUUUA